AUGACUGCAGACGUAUAUGAUCUGAAGGAGGAGACCCGUCGCCCCAGAGGUCUGACCACCCUGGAAAAAUGCAUGAUUCUUUUGUUCCUGUGCAUGACCGGCGCCUGCAUCGCCCUCAUGGUCAUCUACUUCACGGACAAAACCGACUCCUCCAGCGGAGGUGAGGAGGUGGAGGGGAGGUGUGGAGGACCUCAGGAGCUUUCUGGAGAUUCAGGCACCUUCACCAGCUGGAACUACCCCUACAACUACGACAACGGGCACAGCUGCACUUGGCACAUCACUGUGGACCCCAGAAAGGUGAUCCAUCUGUGGUUUGAAGAGUUUGCUUUGGAGGACACCAAGCUCUGCACGGCAGACUUCAUCACACUUAAAGACGCGCUGGGAACCAUCGGUAGAUACUGCGGCCACACCAAACCCAAACCAGUGGUGACACUGGGAAACAGCUUGAUGGUCUACUUCGACACCAAUGACAGAAAAAUAGACCAAGGUUUCAAGGCUCAUUACAAAGCUGUGGCUCCAGAGAGCACAUCAGAAAUAGCCGGAGCCGGUGGAUCUGUUGGAGGUGACAGCGGGGAGCUGCUGACCCCCGGCUUCCCGGAGCAAAACUACCCAAAUGCAGCACUGUACCAGUGGAGAAUCACAGUGCCUGAUGGUGAGAAGGUUCGGCUGACAUUCACUUCCUUUGACCUGGUGCCUGAAGCCUGUGGAGACUUCGUUGAGAUCUUUGAUGGCCACAAAACUGGCUCGGCUACACUGGGUAAAUUCUGCGGUGGCAGGAUUCCCAAGCCAGUGGAGUCCAGCAGCAACACUAUGGUGGUACGCUUCAAAACGGAUGCCACGCUGACUUCCAAAGGGUUCAGUGCAACGUACACCAAGUCCAGUCUUCCACCUGUUGUUAUCCCCACCACAACUACACCCAGACCCAACGCCACCACCACAGCCACCACAGCUGCUCCUCUUGAGUCAGGCUGUGGUGGCCCGGCAGCACUAAAAGGACGUAAGGGAGUGAUCCAGUCCUUGGGUUUCCCAACGCCAUAUCCUGCUCACCUACGUUGCUCCUGGACGAUAUCUGUUCCCAGGGGCUUUCUGGUGAAACUGCAGAUCACUGAAAUGGCCAUCCCGGGAGAGACUGGCCAAUGCAAAGAGGAUAAGCUGAUCAUCUCAGAUAAAUUUAAGACACUAGGCACACACUGCGGUUACAUCCUUCCCCCAGUGGUGGUCAGUGCCACUGAAAAAAUGUCUAUCACUUUCCAAUCUGACAGUCGUCUCACAGAUCGAGGAUUUUACGCUAAGUGGGAGGCUGUGUAUCCUGAGGAUAUCACAGAAAUCCAGGGUUGUGGUUUGUCUUCCUCUGAAGAAACUGGAGUGAUCAAGUCCCAGAACUGGCCUAUGAACUACAAGGCUAACUCUGAAUGCAUGUGGAACAUUGUGAUGCCACUUGGGAAAAAAAUCACCCUGACAUUCACCGACUUUGACCUAGAGGGCAAAGAUAUCGUAACUUUCAAGUGCUUUGAUAACAUAGUGGUGUACGACAUCAGCACCCUGGGAAAUAUCCUGAUGAAAACCUAUGGUCCGUUUUGUGGGACAAAACUGCCUGCUACCAUCCGGUCAAGAGGAAGCAGGCUGUUGAUACGUUUCCAUUCUGAUUUAUUUACUGAGGCCAAAGGCUUCAGGGCCUACUGGACAACAAACACCAGUCUGCCUGCCCCCACCGAGCCACCCACUCCACCCAACCCCUGGGAUAACAUCACCAUAGACUGGCCCAGCACAUGUGGGAAACCUGCUAUUCCUCCCACCAUCAACACUCGUAUUGUGAAUGGAGAGCGAGCAAAACCACACUCCUGGCCUUGGCAGGUGUCCAUGCAGGUGUGGCCAGCCAGUCAACCCAACACCACAUUCUUCCAUACUUGUGGUGGCACUCUUAUUCACAAGAACUGGGUGCUAACAGCAGCCCACUGCUUUAUAAACUACGCUGACGAGCUGCAGCGCUGGCGCAUGUGCCUUGGCAAACACAACCUGACCUACGCCGAGCCCAGUGAGCGAUGUUUCAGUGUGCUUGGCAUCUACCGCCAUGAGGGCUUCAAGUACCCCACUGUGCCCACUGUUGAAUUUGACAUUGCCCUGGUCAGACUGGAUGGGGAGGUGACACCCAGCCAGGAAAUCUCUUAUGCCUGCCUUCCCUCCAUAGAGGAGGUCUUACCAGGGGGAAAGAAAUGCUACGCCACAGGAUGGGGAGAUGAGACUGGCAAUAGCCUGAAUGCCACAGCUGCACAGGCUCUUAACCAGGUUGCCCUGCCAGUUGUGCCCUAUGACACCUGCAAGAGGACAGAUUACUGGUGGUUCCAGGUCAAGCCCUCCAUGAUAUGCUGUGGCUAUACCCUGCCUGAUGAGCUCAAGUCUGUCUGCCAGGGAGAUUCAGGUGGUCCUCUGGUGUGCAAGGAUGCUCCCACCGACCCUUGGGAGGUUCACGGUAUCACCAGCUUUGGCCCUAUUGGAUGCAUUAUGAAUAAGAAGCCGUCUGUGUUCACCCGCUCCUCUGCCUACAUCCCCUGGAUUGAGAAUGUCAUCCGCAGGGACAUCUACAAUGAGCACACAUCUGGCUGUGGUGGGCCAAAGGACUUGAAUGGCACAGGUGGCACUCUGUCCUCUAUGGGUUACCCUGGCGGCUACAGCAACAAAGCACGCUGCCAGUGGAACAUCUGGGCACCCCCCGGCAAAGUGGUUCACCUCAGUUUCAAAAAUUUCUCCCUGGAGGAAAGCCAGCUGUGCAUGAAUGACAAAGUCACCCUCACAGACAGUGUAGGAAGUCUAGGCACGCACUGUGGCCAUGUACCACCUCGGGAGCUGGUGAGUGCUGGAGAGCAUCUUCAGAUCACCUUCUCCUCAAACGACAGAGUGGUGGACACAGGCUUCCUUGCCACCUGGACAGUAGUUGACCCAUCAGAGGCUCCUUGUGGCGGGGUCUUCAGCAGUAAUCAGGGAGAAAUCAUCUCUCCUAACUGGCCCAGCUCAGACUACCCAGCUCAGUCUGUAUGUACAUGGGUUAUCACCAUUCCCUCAGCAGAAAGGAUCUAUAUUGCCUUCACUCACUUUGAGGUGCAAGCUGUAAAUGUGCUUGGAAAGUGUGUGGACUAUGUGCAGAUCGGUGCAGAAGAUUUCUGUGGCUUUACUCCACCUCCUACGAUUAUUAUAAGUGGCAACAAAGUCACCAUCCGGUUCAUUAGCAAUGGAGCCAAUCAGCAGGCAGGUUUUCGUGGUUACUGGACCACUAAUGAAAGUGUGGUUCCAACUUUACCUCCGCCACUCCCUAACCCAUGGGACAACAUCACUAUCAACUGGCCAGAGAACUGUGGUAACCCUGCGGUGACACCCAGUAAUGCCACCAUGAGGGUGGUAAAUGGGGUAGAGGCAGUGCCCCACUCCUGGCCCUGGCAGGUCUCCAUGCAGGCUAGUCCAAUGCCUCCUCAACUCUACAUGCACGGCUGCGGAGGCUCUUUGAUCCAUGAGGAGUGGAUCCUUACUGCUGCACACUGCUUCAUGUUCCCGCUGAAUAAUGUUUCCUACUGGCGCAUGUGCCUGGGGAAGCACCACAUGAACUCCUCCAUGGACGUGCCCUCUGCCGAGGCCUGCUACAAGGUAGACCGUAUCAUCCGCCACGAGGGCUUCGUCUACGAGCAGGAUCGCAGUGACAUCACCAACGACAUAGCCCUGGUGCAUCUGGCCGAGCCCGUUAAGAUGACCAGGGAGAUCAGCCCCAUCUGUCUGCCCAAACCUGGAGCGGUGAUGCCUGCUGGGAAACCCUGCUUUGUGACUGGUUGGGGAGAUGAGAAAGGGAACCUGUUCCCCAAAGUGUCAGAGAAGCUAAAUCAGGCAGCCCUGCCUAUUAUUGACUUCUUCACCUGCAGUGAACCUGCAUAUUGGUGGGACGUCCUAAGGCCCUCCAUGAUCUGUGCGGGCUAUGAGUCCCCAGAUGAGCUCAAGUCAGCAUGCCAGGGUGACUCUGGUGGUCCUUUUGCCUGCUCGGCUGCUGGAACUAACACAACCUGGGAAGUACAUGGUAUUGUCAGCUUCGGACCACAAGGCUGCAUCAAAGACAAGAAACCCUCCGUAUUCACCCGUGUCUCUGCCUUCAGUGACUGGAUUGACCACAACAUCAAGAAAUUUAUCUAUGAGAAUCGCAAAACUUACUAAAAUCACCAUAUUGCAAUAAACAUUGUGCAGUGUUAUUGUUUUCAUUUUCACUAUUGUUUCUGUUUUUCUGUUGUUUUAGACAUUGGGCCUUAUUCAAAGGGGUCCCUUAUUUAAUACAAAGACACAAGUCAUCUUUAUGAAUUGAAAGACAUUUGCUCUCUGUAAGCAAAGGUCUUUCUCAUGUUUUUAUUCCCCAAUAUUUGUGAUAAAUGACUGCAGCUUCUGUUGGAAAUGUCAAAUCCUGCAGUGGACCUUAGUUCAUACAGGAACAGAUUGUGUUAUUUGCCACAUAUUUCAUAUCAAGCAAAGCCAUGAUCCAAGGGCUGUACAACAAAGUCAGCUGUAAAGCUACUGCUCAAGUUUUUAUUUCCCAUGACGUAAAUAAAAUAUUUCUACUAUGGUAUGGGAAUUAAAGGAUCACUGCCCCACACAUGCCCCAAGAGUGCACCUAAUGCUUCACUGAAGAAUGUUGGUAUUUUACUCAAAAACUAGAUGCUACGCAAGAUAAUUUACAAAAAUUCAUUCUUCAGGUGGAGUGAAUAUUUAUCAUAGAUCCAUACACUACAGAUGGGAUUUUUCUAAGCAACGCUGGCCCUUUUAUAGAUUUUUAUGGUCUAGGAUUCUUUGUAUUUUUAUCAUAAAGAAGGAGUUUGUGUAGAUCACUGCGUUUGAUGUGCAAAUGAAA